AUGGCGGCCCGAUCAGGAAAAUAUAUAAGUUGUCAGCAAAGCGCAGCAGCAACUGCUUUGGACAGCCCCAUUAAAAUGAAAUCCUUGUGCCUCCUGCUGGCCGUCUUGGCCAUUUGCGCCAGUGGACGCGCCGACGUCUCCCACUUGUUCGGAGGUGGCAAUCAUCAGCACCACGACUCGCACCACGACUCGCAUUAUGAUUCGCACCACGAUUCCCAUCAUGACUCCCAUCACGACUCACAUCACGAUUCGCACCAUGACUCACAUCAUUACGAUCCGCAUAAUCACGACUCGCACCACCACGACUCGCAUCAGGAUAGCCAUGGGUACCACCAGGACGCGCACUCGCAAUCGCACAAUCAUGAUUCCCAUCGCAAUCCCGGCCUGCACUUCGAUCUGCAUUUCGAUGCACUGCGCCAGCAUCAGCCCAAAUCUGAUGCACCCAAUGGCUACAACUAUGUGGCACCACCCGCACCACCUGCACCGCAGCCCAAGCCGGAGUAUUUGCCACCACCGAAGCCAAGCAACACGUAUCUGCCAGCGGCUAAGCCGGAAACCAAGUAUCUGCCACCUAAGGUGGCGCCCAGCUUGCCACCACCGCCACCACCACCGCCGGUGAAGACGCCCAAGGCGGAAUACUUGCCACCACAGAAGCCACGCAGCAAGUAUCUGCCACCUGCUCAGCCUGACAACAAGUACCUGCCACCUGCAGGAGAGCCUGCUGGCAAGCCACAGACCAAGUAUUUGCCACCCAAGAUUCCACCAAGCCUGCCGCCACCACCUCCACCGCCAGCCACAGCAGCGCCCAAGGCCACUUACCUGCCGCCUGUGGAGCCAAAGGAAACCUAUCUGCCACCCGCCCCACCCAAGUCCAACUAUCUGCCACCCGCCCCGCCCAAGUCCAACUAUCUGCCACCCGCACAGCCGGAGUCGCAGUACUUGCCACCCGCUCAGUCGGCGGAGGCACGUGCGGCACAGCCAGAGCCAAGCUUUCACAUUCCCAUACCCUCGUAUGCGCUGCCCCUGAGCCAGUCGGCAUCGCUGCCAGCUCCAUCUGGGCCGGGCAAUCCGGGCUAUCAAUACAACCAGCCGCUGCGCCGCUUCAAGUUUUGA